AUGUGGGCGGGGCCUCCUUCUCACAGCGGUCCUCCUGGUUCAUACCUCACUCUCUUCGUCGCAGACAUGAAGAUGCUUGCAGAUCAGCUGACGGUGGCGGCGCUGGGACGGCCGUUCAAACUCGGGAUGUUGUAUGACGCGCGGCGAGAUCAGCUGAUCGAAGGCAGUUCUCUGUGGUCUCCAACACAUCUGCAGACUCUGACUCACACAAGUCCUCAUCCGUACAGUCGCGCUAUCAUCACAGAGUCGGACUCCACGCAGGAGAAGACCUUCCAGCUGGAGAUGGACGCGUCUCUGAAGGCCAGCGUCAUGGCCGGCUUCGUGGAGGGGAGCGGAUCCGCCAGAUAUCUGUACGAAAAAAAGUCAUUCAAGAGCCAGAGCCGAGUGACGCUGCACUACAAGGCCACAACACACCUCAAGCAGCUGGGGCUGAGGGCAGAGGACAUCCAGGAGCUCCAGGGCAGAAUCCAGGAGAGGAAGGCUAGAGAGGAGAAAGAGGAGAGAGAGGAGAAAGAGGAGAGAGAGGAGAAAGAGGAGAGAGAGGAGAAAGAGGAGAGAGAGGAGAGAGAGGUCAGAGAGGAGAAAGAGGAGAGACAGGUCAGAGAGGAGAAAGAGGAGAGCGAGGUCAGAGAGGAGAAAGAGGAGAGAGAGGAUAGAGAGGCCAGAGAGGAAAGAGGGUACAGAGGGGACAUGAUUGACUACCAGAUGCUUGACAUGGCGACACAUGUGGUCACCGCAAUAGAGUACGGCGCCAACACGUUCUUCUUGUUCGACAGUCAGCUGCUGCAGGCCAGUGAGGUCACAGAGUUUACCAUGAAGGUCAGAGUGGUGGUCCACCUUCUCUUCUGGUCCGUGAACUUCAAUUAUGAGACAAGCCUCACUGAGGAACAGAAGUCCAUAGUUAAAAAUCUCACGGUGACGUUUAACUCUGACUUCCUUCUGGAGAACGUCCCGAGCACGGUCUUAGAGGCCUUAGAGAUGUACAAGCAGCUGACGCAGCUGUUAGGGGAGAAGUGGGAGAACGCGGUCCCAGUGAGGGUCUGGAUGCUGCCACUGGGAGCUGUGGUCAAGUCUGAGCAGACCACCAGAGCCAUCAGAUCUCCUCUCAAGGACAUGAGUGUAGGGUUAGUGUUGGAGGCCGAGAACACUCUGGAGGAGCUGUCCGACGUCCAGCUCAGAUGUAAGGACAGUCUUACUUCCAGAGCGGUGGGGAAGUUCCCUCAGCUUAAACAUCAGCUGCUCACCUUCCACAAACUUUGUCAACAUUACUGGGCAGAGCUGCAGAGGGAGAUGGCAGAGAUGUGUCCUGCCAUCAGAGAAGGAACCCUAGACGAGAGCGCUCUGAGAGAAGUGUUUGAGAAAAGAGACAGCUCCGCCUUCAGUCAGGACAAACUCACUCAGUGGCUGCAGGACAUGGAGCGAGAGAUCAAUGUGAUAGACUCCAUCUUAGACAUCUUGGCCCCAGAGCCGCCCCAAGACGAGAAGGUCUUCCUCAAAUCCAAGAGCGACUACCAUAGAGCAAAGAAGGAGGACUCGAAAGGCACAGUGUUGUCCACUCAGUCUGAGGUGGACCAGCUGGUGCUGGCCCCUGGAGAUGAUGUCCGUGUGGGCUACAUCUUCACCAGUGUGCAGAGCUCGGACCCUCAGCUGGAGGAGAUGGAGAAAAACCUUAACAUGCUGAAGAGAAGGGAACAGUAUGAGCUGCAGAGCAGAGAGACAGGGGCAGAAAAGCAGUGGUUCUACAGAGAUGAUGUUUUCACCGACAUGAGGUGCAAGGCUAAAGCUCUGACCCAAACCCCGACCUUUGCGUUUGUCGCAGCAAAACACAACGACAGUGAGAUCGGAGCGAUGCAGGUGAAGUACAGGAAUGGGGUUUUGUUUAGUGAGUAG